AUGGCUACUUGCUACGAUAUCGCUGGCAACGUCGUCCAGGGCUGGAAGCCAUGCAUCACCACUGGUAGCAACGUGUCUCACUGUUGCGGUGGCACGGAUCUCUGCAUGGACAACGGCUUCUGUCUGAACGCCGGAGGAAACCAGGCAUACACAGUUCAAGGCUGCACAAGCAAGACCUGGGAGGCGCCGUGCAACUUCCCCUGCGACACCUCAGACCCUUCGGACACGCAUGGCCAAUACUACAUUGACUACUGCUGGAACACAGAUCCAUCUAGCGCUACCGGAGGGCAAUGGUGCUGUGGACACGACUGUUGUGGCGACGGUGGGGCGAUUUUCAACAACUCGCUUGCUCACCAAGUCUAUAGCCCGGGCAAGGCCCUAGUUGCUGCGCUCGUCACUGCGACUACAACAGUCACAAGCACUGCCACGCCCACAAUCGUGCUACCAACAGCGGACUACAUCUCGAGAGCAGACCACGACGCCAUGAUCCAGAAGCUAGGAGCAGGGCUAGGAGCAGGGCCGGGGGUUGGACUACCAGCGCUGUUCUCCCUCUUCGCGCUGCUAUUCUGGUAUUUUCACGUCCGACAGUGGCGCAGCAAGGCUCAAGAUUUGGACGAGAUGAGCUCUCUCCACCGCCACGCGACUUAUGACGAUCACGGGAGAGUCAUUUCGCAAGGUCAGGACAAGCAGGUGGUGACCAUUGUAGCGCAAAGGCCGACUAUCCCUACGCCAGACCAUCAGAGGCCGAGCUUUCUGCAUCCAGCAAGCAAUCAGCCGGCCAUGUAUCACCACGAGGGCACGCCGGUGCCUUCUGCGUCGCCCGAGAUGCUUGUACGAGGGUAUCCGGAGCUCGAGACCAUCAGCCCGUACACUGUCGACUCAAACUCAGUGUACCAACUGCCUGCUUCACCGUGA